GGAGAUUGAGUUAAAGUAUGAGUCCGGCCAGGAGGCUCCACCACAGGCUCAUUAUUUGAAGUGUUACUGGUCGGGCAGCAUUCCUGCCUCUUGUCGCGGGUUGUCGAUUUUAUGCCAUGUAACGUGUUCGGGAUCAUUUUAAUACCUUCGAGUCAAACGGACACAAAGAAGAUCAACGAUGGCCGAAAAGGUGAGCGUGGUCUUCAAGGUGUACUGCCUGACGGUGAUGACACUGGUGGCGGCUACGUACACAGUGGCACUACGGUACACAAGGACCAUAUCUACAGGGGAUAUGUACUUCUCCACGACAGCAGUGUGCAUCACCGAGGUCAUUAAAUUAAUACUCAGUCUGGGGAUGCUCACCAAAGAAAGCGGAAGCCUCCUCAGACUGAAGAACACCAUAGCGGAGAACAUCAUCUUCAGCCCCAAAGAGCUGCUGAAGCUGAGCGUGCCCUCCAUCGUGUACGCCAUUCAGAACAACAUGGCCUUUGUGGCCCUGAGUAACCUCGACGCAGCUGUUUAUCAGGUGACGUACCAGCUGAAGAUCCCCUGCACCGCCUUGUGCACAGUCCUCAUGCUGAACCGCUCUCUCAGCCGGCUGCAGUGGUUCUCCGUCUUCAUGCUCUGUGCAGGCGUUACUCUUGUCCAGUGGAAGCCUGCAGAGGCCACCAAAGUUCAGGUUGAACAGGAUCCCAUUGUUGGAUUUAUUGCCAUUGCUAUUGCUGUUCUUUGCUCUGGAUUUGCAGGCGUGUACUUUGAGAAAGUGUUGAAGAGCUCAGACACGUCCCUUUGGGUGAGAAACAUCCAGAUGUACCUGUCUGGCAUCGUCAUCACCCUCAUCGGCGUUUACAUCACCGACGGAGAGGCCGUCCUAGUGAAGGGGUUCUUCUUCGGUUACACGCCCUGGGUGUGCUUCGUGAUAUUCCUGGCCAGCGUGGGAGGUCUGUACACGUCGGUGGUGGUGAAGUACACGGACAAUAUUAUGAAGGGCUUCUCUGCUGCGGCAGCCAUCGUUCUGUCAACGGUGGCGUCCGUCUUCUUGUUUGGACUUAAGAUAACGAUCACGUUCGCCUCUGGAGCCCUCCUCGUGUGCGUCUCCAUCUACCUGUACGGGCUUCCCAAGCAGGACACGACCAAGCUGGACCCGAAGGACAAAGACCGGGAACUGAAGCAGAAACUGAUCGCCGUGUGAGUUACUGGACUCGGCGGCGUCUUACGUCGGCGUCCGCUUUGGGGUUCGCGUUUCCUGAGGAGGUCGAAGCGGUGCCAACGCCGAGCCGUCUGGCUCUGCCUUCCGUUCAUCGCAGAGGUGACUGCUUCACCACUUUAAUGUAGGUCCUACCUUCACCGCUAUGGGACCGCCGACGGCACUAUGACCUUCCCAAUAAUCUGAAUGAAUCUUAAUGUUUUGAUGCCAAGCAAUCUUUUAGAGCUAGAAAAAGUCUGUAAAUAAUCUGGAGUCGGUCAGUGAAAUCUUGGGAUUAACUUCAGUGAUGCUGGAGUGCUAAUUAGGAGGACUCUCUGAAGCCUCUCUCUCUCUCUAUAUAUAUAUAUAUAUAUAUAUAUAUCUCUGUUAGAAGGGCCGUGUAAAGAUCACAACUCCUCCUCAUGGAGAUGUGGUUCAACUGUCGUCUGUUUUUAAAAUGCAGUGUGAGUGUCUUCAAUCAGAAUCACAGGAGAAGGUGAUCGAGUGGGCGACGACUGCAUGUGGGAUUAUAUGGUGAUUUAAUCCUCUCUUUAUUGUCUUGUAUCUUUUUUUGUACCACUUCUGUGUUAAAUGUUAUUUUAAAAGGAGCUUUUAUUAAAACCGAACGAGAAAGGA